AUGUUGAAGACCACUAUUAAUUUGUCUUCUCAUAGAAUAAAACCAUCCGUGAUAGAACGUUUAUUUUCCACAUCACCAACCAGUAGUUAUGCCGCUGCUCAUUCAUCGACUAAUAAGGAAGCAGACGCUAAGAAGAAAUUGAAGAAAUUUCAAAAGUUGAAACUCCAACACCAAAGCUCUCCACGUAAUCAUCCCUUAUAUAUGGAAGUUCCGCAAGCUUUGAGAUACUUAAGAGCUUCUUCUGUGGGCCAACCUGCCUCCCAAGCUAUUAUAUCUAUCUUGAUGACUGUAGUGCCAGACAGGGGCUCCAAACCUUUGAAUGGAUCCAUUUUUUUCCCCAAGCCAUUGAAGGAAACCAGAAUUUUAGUUUUCACUGCACAGGAGUCUAUCAAGGAGCAGUGUAAAGAAGCGGGAGCAUUUGCAGUAGGAGGGGCUGAUUUGGUGGAACAGAUCAAAAAUGGUUCAUUUUCACUUGACGGUAUCGAUAAGGCAUUUGCUACUCCAGAUAUGGUGCAUUCGUUAACACCUCUUGCCAGAACCUUGGGUGUUAAGGGAUUAAUGCCAAUGAUUAAAAAGGGAACUGUGUCAGAAGAUGUGUUAAAUUUGAUUAAGGAAAAUUUGGGAUCAUUACCUUUUAAGCAAAAGGGAAUGCAUGUAGCUGUCCCAAUUGGUAGAUGUGAUUUCACUGACAAAGAAAUAAUCUCAAACUUGAAGGCUGCAUCAAGUGCCAUCUUUGGUGCGCAGCCUGCAGGAACCAAGAAGCCCAAUAUCAUAGGCCAAACAGUACUCAACGCCACUCGUGGACCGGGUAUUGUUAUUGAUUUUAGACAAUAA